AUGUGCCCCCUAGCCCCGUCAGAACGCCUCAAAUGCAACAAUACGAAAGAGCGUGAUUUACAUACUCUGAAAUGCACGACAGCAAUUGACAGUAUUGACGAACUUUUGACCCUGCCAACAAACAUGAAAACUCACUCCCCUUUCAUCAUUUGCAUGAUUGCCAACGUGACCAUCGCACACCUCAGCGCUUGUCGAUUUAUCUAUUCAGGCGAGCAAAGGGCCAAGAGCCGGGAGAAAAUCCGCUUGACUAUGGGUACAUUGAAACGUCUUAGCGAGCACUGGAUUCUGGGUAAGAGGACUUACCGUGAAAUUGGAAUCAUCGCCCGAGAAUUAUUGUCUCUCACGAAAGAUCCGCCAGUCGAUUUCAGGGCAGUCGACUUCGCUGAUCCGGAUCCAUGUCCUGAUGAAUUACCAGCCUUUGAAAUGCUGCCCGAUGUGAAUUUUGAUUUUUGUGCCCUUUUCAAUCCAGGCGCAUCUGGUUUAAGCGAGCAGAACUCACAGUUUUCUCUUCAAUAA